AUGUCUAACUCGCAAGUAUCAAAGGGCCCAGUCACCCAUGAUGGCUUCAAAGGGCCUAGUAGUCAACUCGACAUUGAGAAGCCAACGACAGAAUUCCCGGAAGGUGGAACUCGAGCAUGGAUGGUAGUUUUAGGGGCGUUUUGUGUGUCUUUCUCGACUUUUGGGUACAUGAACGCUUAUGGAGUCUACCAAGAUUAUUAUACCGAGCACUUUCUCUCCAACGAAACUUCAUCAACUAUUUCUUGGAUUGGAUCUGUUCAAGUCUGUUUCCUUUUCGCUGGUAGCCUUAUCGGUGGGCCAUUGUUUGACCGUUAUGGCGCUUCGAUUAUACAUGCACCCGCCAUCGCCGUCGCGCUGUCGGUAAUGAUGACAUCUCUGUGUCAAAAGUAUUAUCAAUUCAUGCUUGCUCAAGGGGUUUUGGGAGGAAUUGCUUCUGGCAUGUUAUUCGCCCCCGUCAUGACAUGUGUCAGCCAUUACUUUCAGAAGCGACGUGCGGCAGCCCUCGGUGUGGUGGUCUCCGGAUCUUCCAUUGGGGGAGUUAUAUUUCCCAUUGCUUUGAGCAAGAUGCUGGAAAACGAACACUUGGGAUUCGGAUGGUCCGUCCGAAUUGCAGGGUUCAUCAUCUUGUUUAUGGUAUUAAUAGGGAUGAUAACUUUGAAAGAGCGACUUCCUCCUCGCCGAGGCAAAGUCCUCUUACCGGCAGCUUUCAUUCGCACACCAUAUACCCUCGUCACGCUCGGUAUUUUCUUCAUGAUGUGGGGACAAUUUACCCCUUUUUUCUAUCUACCGCAAUAUGCGCAGUCUCAUGGCAUGGGAUUACAGCUUUCAUCCUACCUUUUGUCGAUUCUCAAUGCUGCCUCAGUUUUUGGAAGGAUAUUGCCAGGCAUUGUUGCGGAUAGGUUUGGUCGCUUCAACAUGUUGAUCUUCACCAGUCUCUGUACUGGGGUUCUGCUACUUUGCUGGAUCAGGGUCACUUCAGAUGCGGCAAUCAUUGUCUUCUCGGUACUCUAUGGUUUCUUUUCGGGCGGAAUAGUGUCAUUAACGUCCCCUUGCAUCGCCCAAGUGACUCCAAGUCCGGACCAGAUUGGCACCCACCUCGGCAUGUCGUUGGCCAUUGUUGGUAUUGCUGGUCUGACUGGUACGCCGAUAUGUGGUGCGUUACUAGAAAAAUACUCAAGUUACACACAGGCUGCCGUCUUUAGCGGUGUAGUGAUGCUGUUCGGAACCAUUCUGGUCACUGUGGCGAGGUUUUACCUUAAGGCAAAGCUUAUGGUCAUUGUGUGA